UGAUCGCUGAGGCGCAAGUAGUGUAGACAUCAUCACUGGAUUCUGUUAUUUAUUUAUUGCCUAAAAAUUGUUUAUUUGAGAAAAACAACAACAACGCGAAUUUAGGAGGAGGGGAAUGAAAUGCCUACAUGUAUUUCAUACCUGUGUCUGAUCCAUGUGCCAGUCAGCUGAAGCAUGCUGGAGAAAUGAAGCAGCCUGUAAGUAGAAGAGAUGCUGGAGUCUGGCAUCAGACGAAGAGCCUGCUCUACAAAAACCUGCUUAUCAAAUGGAGGACCAAACAGCAGAGUCUCCAGGAGCUAAUCUUACCAUUGCUCCUCCUGAGUCUCCUCAUCCUCAUCAGCACCCUCAACCCACAUGUCUCUUACGGCAGUCUAAACACCAAGGAGCUGGAGUAUGAACGGGACCUGUCACUCAAAGGUCUCGGUUACACCCCCAUCAACAAUGUCACCAAUCACAUCAUGGAAGAGGUGGCACGGGAACUGCCCUUGAAUAAUGAGCUUCGAUUGGAGAUGUUCUCCACUGAAGAAGACCUGGAGAACGCCAGUCUCUAUGAACCUGACGGCUAUGUGGGAGUGGUCUUCUUGGAUAAUAUGUCUUACCGUUUGCGAUUCCCAUACAAUCAGCUCCCUCGGCCCAGUGACUUCACAGAAUCCAUAACAAGCUGUUACACAAACUAUAUAAACUGUCGUGCCGCCAACUACUGGUAUUCUGGAUUCAUACGGCUGCAGUCCCUUAUAGAUGCUGCCAUCAUACAGAUGCAGACCAAACGUCCGGUGUGGAACGAAUUAAAUGUGCGUGCAGUGCUGAUGGGUCAUCCAGGUUCUGUGGAGGUCCAGAAGUUCCCUCACGCCCUCAUCUCCAUCUACCUGGUGCUAGCAUUCACACCCUUCGUCUCUUUCCUCAUUGUCAAUGUGGCAGCUGAAAAAGAGCAGCGACUUAAAGACACCAUGGGCAUGAUGGGAUUGUAUGACUCAGCGUUCUGGCUUUCAUGGGGCCUCCUCUAUGCUGCACUAGUUACAACCAUGUCCAUUCUCAUGGCUGUUAUAGCAACCUGCACCCCCCUGUUCUCCAACAGCAACUUUUUUGUCAUCUUUCUCCUCAUCUUCCUCUAUGGAAUAUCCUCUAUCUUCUUCUCCUUCAUGUUGACCCCUCUGUUUAAGAAGCCCAAGUUUGCGAGUACGGUGGGCUCCAUGUUGACGGUGGUCUUUGGAUGUCUGUCUCUCUUCACUGUACUAAUGAGAGAUUUUCCCCAGUCUGCUGUCUGGCUCCUCUGUCUUUUGUCUCCCAGCGCUUUCUCUUUCGGCAUUGCCCAGGUGGUGUAUCUUGAAGCGCAAGGACAUGGUGCAGUGUUCUCCUCUCUUGGCAAUGGCCCUCACGCUCUCUAUGUUCCUAUGGUCAUGCUGUUCCUGGACUGCAUUCUCUAUAUGCUUUUAGCCAUUUACUUGGAUCAGGUGCUCCCAGGGGAAUUUGGCACGAGGCGCUCUGUUCUGUACUUCCUGCAGCCAUCCUAUUGGUCAAAGAGGAGGAAGCGCUAUGUGGAGGUGAGCUCUGUUUAUGUGGGGGAGGUUAAUGGAACUCCUGUGUCUGAUGAAUCAGUGGAGGCGGUUUCUCCGGAGUUCAGAGGCAAAGAGGUAAUCAGGAUAUGCAAUAUCAGUAAAGUCUACAAAGAGAAUGACUGCACAGUGGAGGCUUUGAGAGGUUUGACCUUUGACAUCUACGAGGGUCAGAUCACAGCCCUCCUGGGUCACAGUGGAGCUGGAAAAUCCACCCUCAUGAACAUUCUAUGUGGCAUCUGCCCUCCUACAGAAGGAGCUGCCACCAUUUAUGGAUCCCCUGUGGCGGAGAUCGCUGAGGGUGCAGAGAUGAAACAGCUGGUUGGUAUAUGCCCACAGUUCAACAUCAUCUUUGAUGUGCUUACUGUAGAGGAACACCUGAGGAUAUUUGCUGCCAUCAAAGGGAUUCUGCCUUCUGAUAUCGAUAGUGAGGUGAGAAAGGUUCUAAAAGAUCUGGAUUUGGAAAAGAUAAUGGAUGCCCAGGCGAAGAACCUGAGUGGAGGCCAAAAGAGGAAGCUCUCAGUGGGCAUAGCAAUUCUAGGAGACCCAAAUAUCCUCCUCCUGGACGAGCCUACAGCUGGUAUGGACCCAGUAUCACGCCACCAAGUUUGGUCCUUACUGAAGAGUCGUAGAGCAGGCAAAGUUACUGUAUUCAGCACUCAUUAUAUGGACGAGGCAGAUAUACUUGCAGAUCGUAAAGCCGUCCUCUCUCAAGGACAGCUGAAAUGUGUUGGCUCCUCUUUGUACUUGAAAACCAAGUGUGGGGUUGGCUACCAUCUUAGGAUGUCAGUGACUGAAGGCUGUGAGGUUGAGAACAUCACAUCGCUGGUCAAGCAGCUUGUUCCCAAGGCACAGUUGUCAAGGCAGCAAGAGGCUGUGCUCACUUUCACGUUGCCUUUCAAGAGCAUGGACACUUUCCCAGGGCUUUUCACAGAGCUGGACUGUCGGCCUGACCUGGGUAUCAUUAAUUAUGGAGUCUCCAUGACAACAUUAGAGGAUGUAUUCUUGCGUCUGGAGGCAGAAGCAGAAGUGGAUCAGGCCGACUACAGUGUGUUUAACCAGGAGAAGGUGGAAGGAGGAGGCAACAUUUCCCCGCUGGAUGAUACAGAUCAAAGGCUGUUGACGUUUUCAGACAACAGACAGGAUGGAGUAACCGGUCAUGCACUCUGGAGGCAGCAGUUCAGCACGGUGGCCUGGCUGCACAUGCUCAACCUGCAGAGAGAAAGGAAACCCAUCAUAUACAAUGUGACACUGUUCCUGGUUUUCUUGUCUGCAAUGCUGAUUUUGUCUGUGGCAACAGGAAACAUUCAGUUUCACUCUCCUGAAAGACUGUUUUUACCCAUAUACCUGCUGCACCGCAAUGAGGCUCCACACAAGUACACCACAAGCCUGCUUGUGCAUAACUCCACUGAUUCGGAUCUGUCAGGGUUCAUCCAGAAUCUGGCGUCUCAGGACAUUAAGGUGGAAAUGAUGAAGAAGCUGGACUACAUGUCUGCUGCACCUGUGAGCGCUGCUAUCAAUGUGAUUGGAUCCAGUAAGGAUUUGUCCUACAUCUUGGCAUUUAACAGUACCACAGUACACUCCCUGCCCAUGGCUGUUAAUGUGCUCAGUAACGCCCUCCUGAAGGGCUUGAAUGGCACAGGACGUAUUAAAACAUGGACCAAACCAUUUGAGUAUCAAAUCCCAGAUAAGACAUCCUACGCUCUGGUUUACAUGGAGGCUGUACUUCUGGGGAUGCUGGCUGCUGGGACGCCAGCAUACUUUGCCAUGGACCACACGAGAGACAGAGAGCUGAAGUGUCGCUCGACUCUAAGGGUCUCUGGUCUGGUCCCAUCUGCGUACUGGUGUGGUCAGGCAGCCAUUGAUGUCCCUUUCUAUUAUCUCAUCUUAAUCUGUAUGACCAGCACCCUGUUUGCUUUCCAUUCUACAGACCUGCUAACCUCCCAUAACAUCAUGUCUGUGGCUCUGUGUUUGAUUGGCUUCUCUCCAGCUAUGGUUCUCUUCACCUACUGUGUUUCCUUCAUGUUCGUCAGAGUCCAGAGUAACAGAGACUUUUUCUCAGUGGUCUCCAUGAUGCUGUGCGUGGUUUCUGCAUCUAUAGUCCAGUUGGCUCUUGUGAAUGAAAGCUCUGGUCUGGCUCGUGUCCUACACAAUGCACUGUGUUUUUUCUGUCCGCUCUACCCUCUUAUGGGCUGCCUUAACUGCAUUACCAUGGCUACCUUCCUUCAUUCCACUCAUGAGGUGGAGUUCCUGUGGAAGAAUCUCUUCAUCUCCAUUGUGGCUCCGUAUAUCCAGUGUAUCCUGCUGCUCUUCAUACUGAGAUGGUUGGAGAUAAGAUAUGGAGGGCAGACCAUGAAAAACGACCAGCUCUGCAGGAUUUCCUCCAAUACAAAGAGCAAAGUUCAGCGGAACCCAGAGGAGAACUUGAGCGAUGAUGAGGAUGUUCAGGUGGAGAAAGCUCGAGUGAAGGAGGCGUUGACCUGUCAGUGCUGUGAGGAAAAACCUGUGGUAGUGGUAAGCAACCUUAGGAAACAGUACAAAGGCAAGAGAGAAGGUUUUGCACUUGGCAAGAGAAGAAAUGUGGCCACUAAGAACAUCUCCUUCUGUGUUCGCAAAGGUGAGGUUUUGGGUCUGCUGGGACCAAAUGGAGCUGGAAAGAGCACCAUCAUGCACAUGCUGUCAGGAGACACAGAACCCACUGCUGGACAGAUCCUGAUGGGGGAUUACGGCACAGACUUCCAGCCAGUGGAAAAACCCUUGGAGCAAGUAGGGUACUGUCCUCAGGUGAACCCUCUGUGGCCUAGAAUCACUUUACAGGAGCACCUGGAGAUCUACGCUGCCAUCAAGGGGUUAAAUCAACGUGAUAUUCCAAACAUAAUUAAGCGGGUUGUGAGUGCACUGGAACUGAAGGAUCAUCUUUAUAAACAGGCAAAAAACCUGUCUGCAGGGCUAAAGAGGAAGUUGUGCUUUGCACUAAGCAUGCUGGGAAAUCCUCCAAUAGUAUUAUUGGAUGAGCCUUCUGCAGGGAUGGAUCCCAAAUCGAAGCAUCGCAUGUGGAGGGCAAUCCGUGCUGCCUUUAAGAACAAACAGCGAGGGGCCCUUUUAACCACCCACUACAUGGAGGAAGCAGAGGCUGUCUGCGACCGUGUGGCCAUUAUGGUUUCUGGUCAGCUACGGUGUAUUGGUUCAAUUCAGCACCUGAAGGGAAAGUUCGGGAGAGGCUACAGCCUUGAAAUUAAUCUCCGGGAGGAGCUCACGGGUCUCCAGCAGGUGGCGCUAUUGCACAAAGAGAUUCUAAAGAUAUUUCCCCACGCUGCUCGUCAGGACAGUUUUGCAACCCUGAUGGUGUAUAAAAUCCCAAUGGAAGAUGUGAAGUCACUAGCCAAGUCCUUUGCCCAGCUAGAGAGUGCUAAAGAAAACUUUAAUUUUGAAGAGUACAACUUCUCCCAGUCAACUCUUGAACAGGUUUUCAUGGAGUUCGCAAAAGAGCAGGAGAAUGAAGAGGAUGAGGUGGGAUCUCUCAGCACUACAUUCCAAUGGCAGAGACUGAGACAGGAUGGCUCUGUAUCCAUCAAUCAUGCUGACAGCAUAGUACACCAGCUAUGAGCUAAUGCUGUCAGCCUUUCCUGAAACGCCCCUCUUCGCUCUCUUUCUGUCUCUCCGCUUGUGCCAUCCUUUGCCUUAAGAGUCUUUAACUGAUGGGACUUCCACAGGAGACUCGACUGUGGAGACUCCAGUGGCCACCAUCACACAUACAGAACGUGUGUGGGCCAUGAUAACCGAGUUGGCUCUGGUACUGGCACUUGCUAAGAUGGGGUCUGACAUAUGAUUUGCGUGUCAGCUGCAACGGCCAAGCUAGACUUGACCUUUUUAUUAUGAAGAGAUUUUAUUUUUAAAUGAUUACUCUCUGCCAGUGAGAACAAAUUUGAACUUGGAACUUUAAAUCACACACACACCUCCCUAAAGAGGUUUACCUGAUGUUACAGUAUGUAUCAAGCUCACUGUCCUGUUGUUUCGUAACUCCAUGUACACACGUAAAUCACUGGGAAAUUAAUUGCAUGGAGUGGGUUCCACAUUAUCCAAAAUCUCACUCACGUUGAUGCAAAAAAGGUGCUUUUGGUGUCUGUUGCAUGGGGUAUAAACUUGUGUCUAUGUGUGUUCAACUAUAACGUUAUAUAUACAUACUGAUUUGUAUUUUCUGACAUGUGAUGGACGUUUUCAGACAGGAGAUUCUCAUUACAGCUGUCUACCACAGAUUUACCAGCAUGAAUGGGGCGACUCUUCUUCUAACCCUUUUUUAGUCAGAGUGGGCCCUGCAGGUGCAUGAAGCCUUUUGUCUCUGCUGCACCUACACUUUCUUAAACACCAGCACAUUUUUCAGGCUUUCACACAGAGCUCUCCAAAGAAAACGGGUCAAAGCGCACACAGUAAGCAAGCAAGCAAUCGAGUGGAAUUCAAAUCAAGACUAUAGGAUGAUAUCGGUCUGUUUGCAUUUCUGUCUCCUUAUCGUCCUCCUUUUUUCAUCCCUUCAUCAGGUGGCCUUCCUUUAGGAGAAGUUUAAAUGUUUAAAAUCAGUAGCUAAGAAUGUAGCUCCCACAAUCUGAACCAAACCAUGUAGCACUCCAACUUGGUCACAUACUGCUGAGCGAGGGGUUUUAUUUAUUUUGUUUUAAAUGAGAGUAACAAGUGAGGCAGACACUAGUGCUUUUGGAACCUUGAGACUUGAAUGUACAGUGGUAUUUUUUGGUGAAGUUUUACAGUGAAGCAUUAGAUGGUGUUCAGUGUGGUUUUUAAAAUAUUUAGUUGAGCACAGUGUUUUCAGUCAUUUUGCAUUGUAUACGUCUUUGAUCAUUGUGCCGUGGUUUGUGCUUAAAAUUAAUACUGCAUCUUAAUGUGGUUUUCAAGUACUUGCAUUCUUUUACGUUCGUUGCGCGGUGUCUAGCCUUUUUUAAUGCAAGAAUGCCAUUUGAUCUCAAUGGCCCCCCAAAUCUUAUAAGAGCUUUGUUUUUAGGAGAUUUUGUACACCUGCGUGAAAUGUUGGACUCGUUUUGGUUGGUUGGUUCUAGCUCAAUUUGGCACUAUGAGCACAGCAGAAUAAACUUCCAACAUUAUAUAUGCAUCUCUAAUGUAUUGAAAUAUUUUGUUAAAUGUAAAAUAAUGUAAGCAUCACUUCUU